AUGGACACUUUCUUGGAAAGCGUUGGCUCUUUUUCCUUUGACGCUUUGGUGGACCACGACGAAGGCCGCAGUCGUCGUCCUGAAGUUGACCCUGAAGGAGAGCUGUCCGGCAAGAAGAAAAAAAAGAAGAACAAGACGAAGAAGGUCAAGACCAACGACUCCGACCACGACGACCUUUCCUUGGAGCCCUCAACGUCGACUGCGCUCAAGCAGGAAAAGGCAGAGUCAGAGGAAGAGACUUGGCCGACGCAGUAUGAUCCCUACAUGAUCCUGGAAGGAGAGGAAUGCGGCCAAGAGGACAAAGAAACCAACGAGAAGGAUGAGCCAGUGUCUAAAAGGGCAAUGCAGCGAGCUCUGAGAGGGUGGACCCGUCGAUCCGGUGGUUGGAAACAUAAGAAGAAAGCUGCUGGCAAAGGUAUGCUCAAGCCUUUGCGUUGCAUCCGCCGCUUCUGCUCUGCAGCCAUGUCGGAGCGAGAAGGACGAGAGCGACGACGACGUGCUGAAAAGCCAGCGUCGCCUCUGUAUCCUCCGUCGCACCGACUGGGCCUUACCGCGUGUGCGAAAGCUGCAGCAAGUCCUGAAGUUGUGGCUCCUCGCUACGCCAGUCAUCACCGAGAGGGUCAUGGUGGUGAAGAGUCUGCGCCUGCUCGUUCAGCACGAAGCCGUAGCAGACGUGACAAAGGACAUGGGCACCGCGGCGAAGGAGAUGGGCACCGCCGACGUCGCAAGAAGGCCACGCCUGCACCCGAGCCUGCAGGCAAGAGCGAGCCUGUAGACAAGAGGGCCGCCAAGUCUUCCUCCAGUUCUGGCCCUGGCAGUGGCGACAGCUCCGAGGAAGACGUGGCAGCUGAACCUGCAUCCGCCCUGGCUGUUCCAAAUGUGCCGCCCUCAGCUUUGGCCAUGGGAACACGCCCCGCCGCCCCUGUCCCUGCUUGGCUGCAAUCGCGGGUGCAGGACCUGACUCGCAAGGCGAGUGUGUUUGCCCGUGCACUCACACGGGCGCAGCAGGCUCUGAGGACAAGUGCUAGGAUUGCGCGGGAAGCAGCACAGAGCUUCGAGUCUGAGUUGGAAAACUUUCAGAUAGCCUCAAGAGAAAUUGAGAAGGAGUUCCAAGGGAAGCAUUGA